GCGACUCUCAACCAGGUGCUCCCCUUUUUGGGGUUGAACACAGACUGCAGUUUGAAUGACUUCUGCCUGUUGACGGCCACUCCGGUCCAGCAGCCAGCUCCUGGCAUUGCAGACAUGGGGCGCCGCUGGAUUCCAUUUGAUGAAGAUUUACGUGAAGAUCGGCGAUACCACCUGGCCUUUUUCCAAUGGAGCCUUUACCAACAGGUCUUCACCUACAUCGGUGAUGAUGCGAUCGAUACCAUCCCCGAGCAGACGGCCGAGGAUUUUCACAAGCAAACCUUCAUCACCAUCUCCUUCGUCCCCCUUCCGGAGUUGGUCUACCAAAUUGGGGUUUUGUCCCAAGAUCGGGACAACCUUGAACGCGAGCUCGGAGACCUCCGAGAGGAGAUCAGACAGAUGCGACAUUACCUUGGGCUCAUUAUGGAAUUUCUGGCUGCUCGAGAGCCGCAGUUAGCUGCCCCUUUCGAUUUGAUCCUGCAGCCUGGUGACGCUCCGUGUCGGAGUUUCUUGGGUCGUGUGGCCCAGCUCUCAGAUCAUUGGCCUGACCGUUUUUGGAGUGCCACUGACAGGGUCCAUUGUCUGGGCUACGCGGGACCAGGUUUUUCCGAUGUCGAAUCAAUUGACGUUUUCGGGAGCCAUGUAACGGUUGCCAGCCCUUUGGCCGAUGAUGUCAACGCUGCUUCAUUUGACGAUGGCCCACUUGGACCUGCCCCCACUCGAUUAGAACUGGAGACCUUUGACGAGAUCGUCAAUCAGAGCAUCCUGAGUGCGCAGGUUGGGGCUGGUCUGGAACUCCCUUGGGAGCAGGGCAUUUUCAGGGCCAUCUUCAGUGAGGAACCUCUGUGCUCCCUUCCUGAGAUUCCAAUACCGGCGCAAGCCAUCCCUGUGAACAGGUCGGAUGGCGUUUUGGACGAAAGUUUGGCAGAACAACCAUCUGGGAAAAGACAGAAAUGCAGUCAAUACAUCCAUGGACUUUACGACAGGGCCAUCUCAUUCAGCCACGGCCUCAGCGAUCACGAACUGGAUGCUGCCAAAUGGGCAAGAGUUUUGGAAAAAUUGUACGCAAUAUUCACAUGCUGCCCAGAGGCGAAACCAGUGGGGCUUGACUUGCACCCAGCAGACAUGGCCGGGAAUUUCAAGAAGAUCCGAGAGUUGUGUGGGUCCCGCAGUUGCAACACAGUCCUAAAGAGGACCAACAAUCUCUGGAAGUAUUGCAGAUGGCACCAAAAGUUCUUCUAUCAGAAAAGUCCUCUGCCGUGCACCCCCAGCGACAUAGCUGAAUACAUCUGGGAGUCGCACCAGGACGGGGCAACGUAUAGUGCCUUGAGAUCCUUCACGGAAGCAGUCAAUUUUGGAAUCCACAUUCUCGGUUUGCCAACCAGGGCUCUUGGACAGCCUAUCAUUGAUUCCUUCACCCGCGGAUUGCUGGACAAGGCGGCUAUGAGCCGUCCUGGGCGCAAGCAGGCGAGACCUCUGACAGUGAAGGAAGUGUGCCAUCUGGAGACGUGCCUGAACGACACCUCCAUGAACUUGUUCGACAGGUAUGCCGCUGGGGUCUUCCUUUUUGCUAUCUUCGGAAGAUGCCGCUGGUCAGACCUGAAGUCAGUGGACUCUUUCGAGCUAGACAUUGCCAUCGACAAUUCUACUCCAUGUGGUUUCAUCAGCUUUGCGACCUUCAACCACAAGACGGCUGCCCAAGUUGCGAAACAUGGGCUUCCUUUGCCCCUGGUGGCACCCAUUUGGGGGCUAGAGUCACCGCCUUGGGGGCUGUCAUGGAAAGCAGUUGCUGAGGAAGCCGAGAUUGACUUCUCGGAAACCUACAAGGGUCCAGUGUUGCCGGCACCUAUGAAGACCGGGAAAUGGGGCAUGAGAUCUGUGACAUCCAGCGAAGCGACCAAAUGGCUGAAUGCUAUUUUGGCAAAAGCUGGAGAGGUGACGGACAAAGUCACGUCACACAGUCUAAAGUGCACUGCCCUAUCGUGGCUGGCAAAGGCCGGUGCAAAUGGUGAACAUCGUUUGGUGUUGGGACACCACAGCUCUAGACGUGGGUCGUUAGAGGUAUACGCCAGAGAUUGCCUGGCCGCCCCACUCAGAACAUUGGAGGAGGUUCUGAGACAAAUCCGGGUCGGAGCUUUACAGCCAGACCGGACCCGUUCCGGGAUGAUCCAGGAUGCCAUCAAAGAGGAUUGCCGGGCCCCCAAGCCCCCUGAAGGGGGUCCAAGCCCGCAUGACAAUGAGUCGGGCUCGCCAGACAACAAGUCCGAUUCCUCCAGCAGCUCAAGCGCAUCGACAAGCUCCUCAGACUCAGAAGAGGACAAUCACGAUUCACGCGUGUGUGAGCUUGGCAAAGACCUUAGCCACAAGCAAUCUUGGGGCAAUGGCAAAAUGUAUCAGCACACUACUAGCAAAGUGGUCCAUUUGGAAUCUGUAGCCGAGACGAGGCAAUUUGAGUGCGGCAUCCAUGCUUCCAGCGAGCAUGUGGCAGUACAAGAGACAGCCUUCCUUGAAACCAGGGAGGCUGCGUCCUUGGUGUACUCCACCGAUGCACUCAAGCACCGAGGCACCAAAGCCGGUUUGAGUGCGGAGGAAGUUGAAGCAAUCAUAGACAACAAUGUCAGGUCUCUGGCACAACUAGCCUUUGCCAUCAGCCCUCCUGGCACAUCGCCCAGUGACGACGCCAUCAAAGAGUUUUUCGCAGGAAAGGUGGCAGUGAACUUGGCCACGAUUUCUUCGCUGAAGCUCCUCAUUUUCGAGGCCCAUACUCUUGUGGUGGCAAACAUCAAAAACGAGAUCACCAAGAAGGAUGAGAUCAAUGUUCACAACAAUCUCCCUGCCGCCGAACGAGAACGGCGCCUGAGGGACCAGCAGACUCGUCUCCAUGGCCUUCGUUUCCGAGGUGACGAGGAAUGCGCCCACAGCAAUUACGAUCUGGUGUUCUCCAUGAUGGAACGUGACAGCCUUAUUUACCUUGCUCCUGAGCGUUUCAUCACCAGGCGUUUGGAACUUCUCCAGAAGAAACCAGGCAAAGAGAUCGUUUUGGAUCAGAAUGCUCUCACCAUUAAGGACAAGCAGAGCGAGCUCACAUGCUCAACCAGGACAGAAUUGGAACUUUUCCAAGCCAUGAGACGCAGGGCUCUCACCUUUGACUUGGUGGGCAUUUGCAAGUACGAGGUUUUCAACAGCUAUCAGAGUGAGUUGCUCCAGCACCUGCAAGAGACGCCCCCACCGGGCUAUAGCAACACAUCCCUGGUCCAGAUUCUGCGUGCCGACAGGGCAGCCUUCCUUCUCAUGGCCGAGCACAUCACAUCUUUGAAAAGAGAUGCGGCAGGUGAACUUCCGCUCGAGAAGCUGCUGCCUACCGUUCUGUCCAAACCAGCCGUGAGUUUCCAUUUGCUGCCUUUAGCACACGGUGCUCCAGCCAAGCCAACUCCCAAAGCCAAUCCGAACAAGCGAAAGGCUGGGGAUAUGGGGGCGCCACCUCCCGUCCCAUCCAAGCUGCAGCUGGUGGGCAGUGCUCUCGUGGGCUCCACCUCUGCGCAGAACCUGGCUGCCACAAGCCACAUAGUCUUCGUGAUCAUUCGUGACAGCCAUCGAAUCCGCACUCGCCAGCAGCUUUUAUCCACUCCUUCCUUGGGGGAGAUCGCGAGUGAAGGCUUUAAGACCGUUGGAGUACACAGGUCACCAGCAGACUUCGUGAAAGAAGCACUUGAGGUGAAGCAUCCUAGUGCCACAGCACUUAGGAUGAUGCUUGCAAAGGCCAAAGAGUUUCAGCCCGCCGAAGAAGAGCUGAAGCUGUCCCUGUCAGGAGUUAUUGCCUUGUCCAACACGGCGUCCAGACGAGCCGAACUGUUGGAGUUCAUCGAUCACAUUCAGGCAACCAAAAAGCUCAGCAGGUGUGAUGCGGAGCGCUUCCGGGGCCGUUUGCAAUUCGCCUCGAACUACCUGUUUGGCAGAAGAUUUCGCAAUUGCCUGAAAGACUUGAACCAGCACAUCAGCAGGGGGUUUGUCUCCAUCUCUGAUGAGUUCAGCUUGACACUACUCCUGCUGAAGGCUCUGAUCAGCCAAAACAGUCCCAGGCUCGUAGACACCAACUUCUUCGAGUGGGUCCACUUGUACGUUGAUGCCUCUUACGACCCAGACAACCAUUCUGGAGUGGGAGGUAUGCUUUUGGAUCAAUUGGGAAUUGCUUGGGCUUUUUCAGCGAGCCGGAGCGCGAUGGAUGUGCGGAUUGAGAGCUUCGACCCCAACGGACAAAAGAGUGUGCGCGAGUGUCGAUUCACUGAAGUGCAUUUCCGUUCCUCCUUUCACUUGUGUCGUGAGUUGUUCAAAGCAAGG